AUGUCUCUCUUCUUCUGGGUGUCGCGGCGCGCUGGCGGCCUGAGCAUGAUAGUACUCAUUGCGCUCUGCUACUGGGUCAUCUCGCAGGAAUCCUCGGUUGAAAAACAUCGAUACAAGUAUGAACAGCCCGACAGCCAAGGUUCGUACUACUCUUCAACCUCCACUACCGGUGCCGGUAUUUGGACCUACGCCUUCGCCUAUUACUGCCUCUUCAUUCACGUCCUCGUCUGUCUCUUUCCGAUGCGAGCCUGCUGGACUAUCUGGAACCUCACCCAGACCCUCAAACGUGCCGCCCACAGCAACUCUCUACUCGACCUCAAGAAGCUCGCCUCGCGCCGUAGCUCAUACACCUCUGUGUCGAGCUCCGAGACCCUCACCUCGAGCCACAACGGCGGUUCCUCGUCCACCACUAGCGAAGCUGGCGACCUCGAUCCUGAGUCGUACACCGACGGCGUGUCCACGGCUGCCGACAAUGUGAUCCACGCCAUUGUUAUCCCGAACUACAAGGAAGAGUACGACACUCUCAAGGAGACGCUCGAGGUUCUGGCAAGCCACCCACGUGCGCAGGAUUCGUACGAUGUCUACCUCGGAAUGGAGCAACGGGAGUCCAACGCUGAGACCAAAGCUUUGGGUCUCAUUCAACAAUUCGCCAAAAAGUUCCGAUCAAUUGAUUUCACCCUGCACCCGUCAGAAAUUCCUGGUGAGGCUGCUGGAAAGGGCAGCAACAUCGGUUGGGCUGCUCGCAAGCUGAGUGCCAAGUACUCGAUGGGAGUCAGAAAAGACGUAAUUAUCACUGGGAUUGAUGCUGACAGCCACCUCGCUGCCGAUUACUUCACUCUCCUCACCAAUUUGCACAUGUCCUACCCAGAAACAGCAACGACGACUGUUUACGCAGCUCCCAUCAUUUUUGAUCGCAAUGCGCAUAAUGUCCACCCCCUGGUCCGCGUCGCCGACAUCGUCUGGGUCGCCGCUGGCAUGUCCGGCCUCUACCCCAGUUCCAGUAUUGCCCCACCCACAUCCGUAUACUCUCUGCCUCUAGAUCUCGUCGACCGUGUAGGUGGCUGGGAUUGCGAUGGUGAGGCCAUUGGUGAAGAUUUGCACAUGUACAUCAAGUGCUUUUUCGCCCUCAACGGAAACCUGACCAGUCGCAUCAUCAACUGCCCGGUCAGCCAGAGCAACGUUACUGGUGCAGGCGGUCCCGGUUGGCGUGGCGCUUACGCUGAUAUCAAUGCUCGGUACAAGCAGGCCCUUCGUCACAUGUGGGGUGCUCUCGACACAGGUUUUGCGAUGCGGAAGCUGGUGGAAAUGUGGCAGGAGCGAAAGCACACAUCCCGCGCAUACCAACCUCUUCAUUGCACCCACGCCGACGGUGCGGACCUGUUCAUCCCCGAGAGCCAGCUCAAUGACGACGGCGCAGACCAACCUACCGACAAUGGCAUCUUCUCUGAUAUUACCAAGGACACGAUCAAGGAGCCCCAUUGGGAGCACGUGUUUUACAUGGUUCACCGAAUCUUCGAGGCCCAUUUCCUCCCGGUUCACAUGGCCAUUCUUGUCAUUGCAUCUACGGUUUACGUCAAGGUCAUGGACGGCAAGGAUGACCCGCACAAUCUGGCUUGGCUCUUCAACUGGUGCAACGUGAUCCGAAUCUUUGGCUUCCUUCAAAUCUCCAUUUACCUUUUCAUGUACGAGAGCUUUCAUCGCGUCAGUGUCGCCGCCCGCGAGAAGGCCAUGGUCAAGGCCGGCAUGGCUGAUGGAAUGGAUUUCUCUCGACGAAGCCUGGGCAAGAACUGGAAAGACUACCUCAUGGUCCCUCUUGUGGCCCCGUUGUACGGUACGAUCCCUAGCGCCCAGGCAUUGAUCUGUCAGCUUUGGAAUCAGAACCUGGUGUAUACUGUCAGCAAGAAGGCGACUCGGAGACAUGCGCCGCCUGUGGUGAGGGUGGAUGACAUGGCCUAG